AACGGUUAAAUAAGUGUUUUGAUUUAUUUUAAAUUUUGAAAAUAAAAUAUGGCCGCGAAUAGUGAAAGAGUGAGACCUAAAUUAAGCAAAAAAUCUAAAAUUAAAGUAGAAAACAAGCCGUUCUAUGAUAGCGAUGAAGAAAUAGGUUGGGGAAGAAAAUUAACCUUAAAAGAGGUGAAAGCAAGGUUAAAUAAACCUCAAUUCCCCGUGCCUCAAUUAGUAUUAGAUCCACAUGCUAGGUAUAGUACUCCUUCUUUCAAACAAACAAAUUUUGUUUCUUCAGAAUCUCAUAUAGAAAACGAAAUGGAGCAGAUUAAUAAGGACGAUUCAAUUCCUGCGAUAUCCGAAUAUUUAACUGCUUCAGAAGAAGGUAAUUCGGUAUGUGCAACAAAUUAUUUAUCAGUUGUGGAACCCAAUGUCGAGAAAAGCUCUGUAUAUCUUUCUACAAUCGAUAUUGAAGAAUCGGAUAAUAAUUUAGUUGAUACCCGUUUAAAUUUUGUCAAAAAAGCACUGAAUACUACUGUGGAUGAUAUAGAAAAUGAGUAUCAUACUUUUGAAACUACAGUAAGUUCAUCCAUCGAAAGUACUGAUAGUAGUAUUUCUAUAUCGAAAAAUGAUUUGGUAAUCCUAAUAUCAAGUGAUGAAGAUGAACUGGAAUCUCAAGAUUUUAGUUUUGAAAUGAAAAGAGAACAGUUGAGUUGUGUUACAGAAGAAGGUGAAGACAAAAGCAAUAGCUUUAGCAGCCAGAAAGACUUCACUACAGGAAAUGAUGCCUAUAGCACAAAGAAUUGUAGAACAGAUGAAGGUACUGCUUGGGGCAAAUCUAGUUUUUAUGCAAGAAAUUCUAAACCUGCUAUAGACGAAUUGGAUAUUUCAUCUGCAAGUGCAUUAAAUACUACACUAGAUAGAAUGAAUGCAAUUUUAGGAGAAAAUUUAUCAUUGAAUGAAAAUGCAAACAGUGAAGAUGAAGAAGAAGUAAAUAAGAAUUCCUUAACUGUACCACAAACAUGUAACCUAAUAUCAGGAUCAUUUUUGCAUUUACCUACAUCUCUUAAAUUCAAUACAGCUGAUAAACAUUGUUCUCCAGAAAGACCCUACAACACCCCUUCUAAAACAACUAAACCAAUUAAAUUGACUCCCAAAAAUACACCUAUAAGUAAAAGUAACAUACCUAUUUUUAAAAAAUCUCCUGACUUUAGGAUGCCAGAUUUGCCUAAUAAACCUAAAACUUUAAACAGAUCCAAAGUAAAUUACAAAGAUAUUGUAAGUCCUGUUCGGAUGUACAUAAAGUACAGUCCAAAACCUGUUUUACAACAAACUGUACAUGCCAAAGAUAAGCCUUAUUCUAAAUUUAACCAUUCUCCUAGAGUAUUAGAAGCAGGAAACCAAAUGGAUAGCUUAGCUAUACCUAAUGUUGUAUACAAACCUUCCAAAAAACAAAUAUUUGCUUUAGAUGAAACAACUAAUUUUCCUUUUUCGUUAGAUAAAAUGAUUAAAAAAUCAUCUGUAGUAAAACAUGAAAGGCAUCCAUUAAGACCAAAUUGUUAUCAAGAUGAAACGUUAGAUCCCGAAGCAGAACUUACAAAAAGUUUUCUGUCUGAUUGUAGUAAUUUAAGUGGAAUAGAGAAUAUUUCUAUUUUGCAUAAAAAAACGGCUUUGAGAAAAUGAGUAGAGAUUUUAAAAGGUUAACAUUUUUUAUAAUAGACUGAAAAUAUGUAGUAAUUUAUUAAGAGCAAACCGGACCUGCAAAAAACAAUUUUCACCUCUAUCUGUCUAUGUUUUGUUCCGCCCUGACCGCCCACAAGUUUAAAUAUUUCCUUUAUAAUAGUAUACUGGCGCUAUUGAAGUUAACAAAUAGGCUUUGUAAGAGAAUCAUAUUUUAAAACAUGUCUAUAGUAUUAUAAUUAUUAUUCUUGCCACUUGAUGGUGUAAAAUUAUAUAGGCGUAUUAUAUUUUCGAGGCGUUUUAACUAUUUAUUAAAUAUUUGUGUUUUACACUAAAAUAUCUUUAAAAUAAUUAGUUGGAUGUUAAAUAUCUAUUGGUUAUUGAUUCAAAAUUCUAUUACAAAUAAAUUAGUUGGUAUAAAAACACUGUAGCGUGUUUGUCCUACUUACACAGCCCGGGAAAAUUAAUUUGAAUCGCCAAUAUUCGCCACCUAAAGUUGUGUGUUCUGUGCGUUACUCGGCAUCAUCGAUGCUCAGCAUACCCAGAACGGUGUCUGUCGCAUGCUGCACUUAACCAAUAAUCAACAUGUACUCACCUAUGCUGUCAAAAGUACAUGUUGAGGAUUGGUUAAGGAAAGUGAGUGCGCGACAGACACUGUUCUGUAUAUGCCGCUUUAGUGUGCUAACCGUUAAACGGUUAACCAUUAAAUGAGUAAAUAGACCUCAAUUCCCCAUGCCUCGAUUAGUAUCAGAUGCACGCGGUAGGUAUAGAACUCCUUCAUUGAAACAAACAAAUUUUGUUUCUUCAGAAACUCAAAGUAGAGAAAACGAAAUGGAGCAAAUUAAUAGGAACGAUUCAAUUCCUGUGAUAUCCGAAUAUUUAACUGCUUCAGAAGAAGGUAAUUCUUCAGUAUGUGCAACAAAUUACCUAUCGGUUGUGAACCCAAUACCGAGAAAAGCUCUGUAUAUCUUUCUACUAUCGAUAUUGAAGAAUCAGAAAAUAAUUUAGUUGAUACUUGUUUAAAUUUUCUCCAAAAAGCACCGAAUACUACUGUGGAUGAUAUAGAAAAUGAGUACCAUACUUUUGAAACUACAGUAAGUUCAUCCAUAGAAAGUACUGAUAGUAAUAUUUCUACAUCGAAAAAUGAUUUGGUAAUCCUAAUAUCAAGUAAUGAAGAUGAACUGGAAUCUUAAGAUUAUAGUUUUGAAAUGAAAAGAGAACUGUUGAGUUGUACAGGGUGCGGCAAAAUGAUAGGUACUAUUUGGGAUGUCAAUAAAAAACAAACCACAUAAAGCAACAUUUUUUUUUUUAAUAUUAUUGAAAUCUACAUUUCAUGCCAUUUAGGAACGUUAUUUUUUAAAAAUGAUAUUUUUUAAAUAACGGCCAUUAUUGUCGAUGCACUCUUGUACGUUUUCACGGAAGCACGUCAUUACCCGAUGGAUCCUUGGGAAUUGCGGCAAUUUCUUGUCUUAUGGCUGCCUUUAAUUCUUCCAAAGUCCGAGGACGAUGUGUAAAAACUCUCGAUUUGAGGUAACCCCAAAGAAAAAAGUUGCAAGGCGACAAAUCAGGCGAACGCGGCGGCCAGCAGAGAUCACCUCGUAAAGACACCACUUUGGGAACAUUUCUUGAAGAAGAUUAAAUGAACGACGCGUGGUGUGCAAUUUAGCACCAUCCUGCUGGAACCAAAGAUUUUCUCGUUGAUUAACGUUCAACUCGUUAACUUUUGGACGUCGGAAAUUGUUAAGCAUAUCAAAAUAUUUAUCUCUGUUGACUGUUACCGUUAUUCCAUCUUCUUCCAAAAAGUAAGGACCCCACACGCCGAACUCAGAUAUUGCACACCAGACAGUAACCUUAGGACUGUGAAGUGGUCGCUCGUGAAGUUCCUGUGGAUUAUUUGCCGACCAAUAACGAAAAUUUUGCUUAUUUACAGAACCUGAUGGGUGAAAGUGAGCUUCAUCGCUAGACAUAGAUACAGCGCCUCAGGGAAUGUUUUGAAGAAUAUCCCAACAUGAAUUUGUACGGUUUCAAAAUCUCUUUCACUUAAUUCCUGCAGUACCAUCAUUUUGUACGGAUGCAUUUGGAGUGAGUUGUGUAAAAUUCUUCGAACAUUUCUAUCAGAAAUUCCCAAAGCAGCUGCAUGCUUACGAGCUGAACGUUUUGUUUACCUAACGCGACCGCGUGCACAGUGUUGCCGGUUUUACAAACGGAGCAACUACUAUUUGAAAUCCUGCCUACCUUUUUGCCGCACCCUGUAUUACGGAAGAAUGUGAAGAAAAAAGCAGUAACUUUAGCAAUGAGAAAGAAUCCACUACAGGAGGUGAUGCGUAUGAUAGCAUUGAAAACUAUAGUAGAAGCACAAAGAAUUGUAGAACAGAUGAAGGCAGAGGUGUUUUUUUCCUUGGGAUCUAAACAAUGUACGAUAAAGUCUCCUGUUAAGAGUAACUUAGUUAAAAUUUUUAUGUAUGCUAUUUGGAGAAUAUUGGACAUUAUGAGCAUAAAAUGAUAAUAUCCUAGUGAAAUAAUAAUCUCCCUAAUUCACCCCUUAUGAGUGGAUUUUAACUCCAUAAGGUGAGUUUGUGAGGGCAAGAGGCGGGUAUUAUUAUUAUUAUUAUUAUUAGCCAUGGCAUAAUGAUUGGUGUCAUUGUAUAAUAUCUAGAAAUACUUGUAAGUCCUUUGUCAAAAAAAUAUAUUUCAAGUACAAGAACCUACAACACCCCUUUUAAAACAACUAAAACGAUUAAAUUGACUCCCAAAAAUACAUCUACAAGUAAAAGUAACAUACCUAUUAUUAAAAAAAUCUCCUGAAUUUAGGAUGCAAGAUUUGCCAAAUAAACCUAAAAUUUUAACGAAAUCAAAAGUAAAUUAUAAAGAUAUUGUAAGUCCUGUUCGAAUGUACAUAAAGUACAGUCCAAAACCUGUUUUACAACAAACUGUACAUGCUAAAGAUAAGCCUUAUCUAAAUUUAACCACUCUCCUAGAGUAUUAGAAGCAGGAAAUCAAAUGGAUAGCAUAGCUAUACCUAAUGUUGUAUACAAACCUUCUAAAAAACAAAUGUUUGCUUUAGAUGAAACUUUAAUUUUCCUUUUUCUUUAGAUAAAAUUAUUUGUACGUCGCAGCGUUGAGCGUUGCCUUGCGUCUUGGCGGAGUGAAAGGCAUUUAUUACGAAGGGUGUCGUUAGGGGUAUUAUGAAGGAAAUAUUUAGGUAGGUUUAUGGGCGUCAGGCGUCGGGAAGUAUAGCGGUGAGACGUUAUAGACUUCGGGAGGUAGGUCGUCGGGACGUAGGGAAGUAGAGCAACGGGACGUUGAGCGUCGGAACAUGAAAGCGUUCGGGAGAUAGGACGUUGGGACGUCGAUAGGAGGAAAGGUGGAUAAAAAAGGAUGGUAGAUGUAUAUCGUGCCUUGAGAAAUUCUUGGAAUUUUGUGUCGAAAUCGGUGUCUUAAUAUUCGAAACUGCCUUAAGAUGACCGCGUUAACUGUUUUAGUGAUUAUUACUUAUUGAAAGGAGUUGUUUUAUAAAAUUCAUAACUUUUUACAGAGUUUUUUCCUUUGAAAUUCUAUCAGUUAACCAGGUUUCAGUUAUCCCCAAAACAUUAAUUCAUACUUACUUAUAGUAGGAUUAAAUGAUCGUCUAUUAACUUGUCCUAUUUUGAUUUUUUUUGCAAUUGCCAUUAAAAAUUGUCGAAAAUUCAAUUGGUCGAAAGUUCAAAUGAUCUAAAAUUUAAUUAGUCGAAAGUAAAAUAGAUCGAAAAGUACAAGAGAAAAGUAGAAAAUUUUUACACAAAUCGAAAAAAAAGAGAAAGACUAAUUUAUCUAACCUGUGCGCCCUGUAGCCUACGCGGGUUGCUUUGCCAACAAAUUAUACAUAAAAUGAGAAAAAUAAAAAAUUAUUUUACCUAACCUGUACGGACUGGAGCAAUUUUAACUUUUACUGGUUAGGUAACUUUUAAAAUUAUUUUAUGUAUAAUGAAAGAUUUUAUGAUAUUAAUGGAGGAAGUCGCUUUUCUAAGUUUGCAUAUUUUUUGCAAAAUUAGAUGCAGUUUAUCGUAACUUUUUCCAUCCAUCUAGAUGUUGUUUUACCAUAAUUGGUUUCAGUGGUCUUUUUCAUUCAGUUUCAAAUUUACUUAACUAAGUUAAACAUUUCAAUGCAAAUGUUUAUUGAAGUCAAUUUCGUUUUUCCCUGAUGGAAACCAUGUCAAUUAUGAAACAAAAUGGGGUAUGUUGUUCGCCUUUUAAAAUUUGUUAAAAAAACUUGUUAACUAUUCUCGAUCCAGAAAUGGUGUCAUUUUCAAAAUAAAAUUUAAAUUAAUAGUACCUUUAGUUAAUCAUCAUUCUAGUGAAAUAAUUGCACUGUUUCAAAUCAUAUUUCUUACCCGUUUUCUGUUAUAUACUCUAAUGUAGUAUUAAAUGCCAGAUCUGUAGUAUUGCAGGUAAUACUUUUUUUAGUGCUGUCGAAUUCUGCAUUAGUUUUUGAGUGGGCCUUCAUUUUAACGGUAGUAGAAGUUCUAUAAAAAUGAAUUUAGUUCAAAAAUGUAAAAAGAAUUGAACACGUUAACCAUAAGUUCUGUUAAAUGAAGAACAUUAACCUGACAUUUUUAUGAGAAUCUUAACUUUUGUAGAGAAAAAGGUGCGAAAACUUCUCAUUUGAUAUUUAAAAAAUCAAAAUCUGUAAAAUUUUGUAGGUUUAAUUAACACAGUUUGAGCGAGAAAACUUUUCCCAAAAUUCGGAGAAAUAAAAACAAAUAAAUAGGUCUGUCCUUAAAAUGAUUAGUACAAUUGGAUUACUAUCUUACAUUUCACAUAAAUCAGAAAUAAUGGCUCUGGAAGUAUCAGCAGUUUUAUGGGUGUCCGGUUUGCUCUUAAAAUGGUUAUAAUAGACUGAAAAUAUUUAACAUUCUAUUAAAAUAACUCAUUCUUUUUUUUGAUUGAUUGAUUUUUAUAAUUUGAAAUUUUCCUGUGAUAAAAAGUCAUAGAAAUAAAGGUAUAAUUUGUAAAUAGUAUUUGUAUGAUAAAAAAUGUAUUAGUAUGAAUGUAUUUUUCUUAUCCAUAGUAAUUUUGGGAUUUUAUUUAUUCAAUUGACAAUCUCAAAAUAUGAUUAUAUGGAUUAAACAAUGAUUUCUGCUUUAAUAUGGAAAACAGUUAUAAUGGAAUAGCACAAAUGAAAGAACUAAAAAAAAAUGUAGGAAAUGGGAAGUCUGCUAAACUGGAGAUUUAAUUUUUUUUAGUAAUUUUUUGACAUAUAAAUAGGUUUUAUAGCUAACAUUUAGAUAAUUUUACAUUUACUUUGCAAUUUUAAAAUAAUUUCUUGAAACUAAAUGAAUAAUUGAGACGUUGACUUCAAAAACAGCAUAAGUCCAAAAAAUUCGUUUUGAGAGAAUAGGAAACCAAACAGUUUACCUUGAUUCACGUUCAACUUACUAGCCAAAUAAGUAUUUAGAUACAUUUUUAGGAGUCUAACGGUUUUCACUUGUUAUUAUCUGGUUUAACACUUUCGCUGCCCAUGAUGUUCAUUAACGUCAUGGUAGUUAUUUCCCCUAUGCCCAUGACGUUUUGUAAUGUCAUUUGAAGAUGUAUGCUUCGAUGAAUGUAGACAAGCCACUAUGCAAUGAAUUGUCUUUAUAACCCCGUAGGCAUGUGAAAACGUUCUUAAAUUAGUGCAUUAUGAAUUUGGUUUGGAUAUUAUGUUUGUGAAUUUAAUAUAGAAAGGCUUUAACAGGUUCUAAUUAAAUGAUGUACAUAAUUGCUCGAUAUUUUAAUUUGUUGCAUAGACAUGCAAUUAAGUCUUUGAAAAACACAUAAUUUUGGAUAUACUGUGUGUUACGCUUUUGCUUGGUAAGUAAAAAUAUAUAUUAAAUAGAACACUGUAUUUUAUCUCAGUUUUAAAAUUCUUAGGGAAUACUGUAUUAAAUCCUAGAAUAUAUUUAAAAAAUAUUACAGGUUUGCCAAGCAAUUAAUUUUUUGUGAUAUAAAAUGAUACAGACCCCAAAUACUAUCAGAAUUUAAGUAGCUUAUCUUAAAGAUACAAAGACAUUUUUAAGUUGUACGAUCUUAUUUUAAAAUUAUUCCUAAGUAUACAGGAAAGUUCAUAAAUAAGUGGUGGAAAAACUUAUACUAUUUUAAAAUAAAACCCCCUUGUAUAAAUUUAUUUGUUGUCACAUCGUCAAACAAUUUUAAUAAGACUUAACGUUUCUAAAAAUGUUUUCACUUUGCAUUCAUUUGCUAUGUUGUAUAUAGGGUGUGUCAAAAUGCAAGAUUACGAUUUUCCUUUUUUUUUUUUCAAAUGAAAUGCCACGUAUGUUACACCACAAAUUUAAUUAACUAAUAGUUUCUUUACUUUUUAUUUUGUUUGGCAUUCUUGAGCCUAAACUGAUUUUUAAAUGUUAUUUACAAUGGUUCAUAUUGUAAUGUCGAAGGAAUAGAAAACCAUUCACUAAUUCUGACAAAUUGAUUACCAAAAAUUACAUUAGCAUUUUACCCUAAAUUAGUCCAUAUUUUCAAAAACCAAUUAGAUAAAUAUGAAAAAAUUAUGUCAAUUUUCAUGGUAAAACCGUUUUUAAGAAAAAAUUUGUUUGGGAAUAGAAUGCCAAACAAAAUAAAAAAAAAAUAAGGAAAUUAACUUAUAAAUUGGUGAUAUAAAACACAGAAUAUAUUUGAAAAAAUUGAGAAUAUUGUAACCUUAAGUCUAGACAAAUAAAUGAAAAUGUUAAACAUUUUUAGAAGAGUUUAGUCUAUUAAAAUUAUAAAACGAUGUGAAAACAACCAAAUCUGUAAGGCGUAACUACCUAUAGGGUGUUUGGUUUAAAAGACGAUCUGUUUGAUUUUCCCCUCAUUUAUAGACCACCAUGUAUAUUUAAAAAUAAUUGUAAACUAUGGUCGUACAACUUUUAUAUUAAACAUUUCUUCAUAUCUCCAAUAAUAAAAUACCUAUUGAUGUAUAAUGUAUAUGUAUAAUUAAAACACUGUAUAAACUGAACCAAUUCUUUUAUCACAGCUUGGUCCUUAUACGUUGAAAAAUAUUCUAGUGAUAAAUACAGUAUUACUGUGAAACUCUUAAACUGAAAAAUACAGGGUGUUCCAUUUAAAAACAUGUUUUUACUUUCCUGACAAAAGCGUAUAUCCAAAAACGUUUUUAAAUUAUAUUUUUUUAAACAUUAGAAAUUUGAAAUUGAGAUAUGAAACCAUAAAAAAAAACUUUGAUUUUAAACGAGAAUAGUACGGUGCCAAAGGUUAAAAAUUUCUAGUACGCCAAUUGAUAGCAUUGAAAAUUUAAAGCAAAGGAUUCGUUAUGAGUAAAAAUUUUAUUUUUAUUUAUGUCAUUGGAAAGGGUUUGGAACAAGCUUUCAAUUGAUGUAUCACUUGCCAUAUGAUUUCAUUUAAAACUAUCUUCCAAACGGCUCCCGUCCGCCAUUUUUAAUGAUUAAGUCAUCUAAUAUCAUUAAAAAAGGUAGUAUACAUUCCUUAGUUCAGUUUCUCAAAAUUUCAAAUUUCUAACUUUCUAAUAAAAGACCCGCGCUAUAUGUUGUUUUUACCAGAAUUAGAGUGACAUGUUAUUUUUACCAGAAACAGACCUGUUGCACGUGCUGGAAUUAACUUGUUUCUAUGAUUAAUUAGUUAUAAAUCUGUUACUUUUGCAUUCCAUAUUUCUGUAUAUUUUUCUUUUUCGACUUCCUGUUAGGCCAAUUGGUUUGCCCCGUAUCUUUAUUUUUAACUAUAUUAAUUUUUUAUAAUGUCGAUGUGUCAACAACAACGAAUCAACUAAAUUAAUUGAGAACGGAAUACACAGUACAAGGUUAUAACGUUUCAAUAACAUAUGUAAAUGCUGUUUUUAAUAUAAACAACUAUAAAUCAGCACAAGAACAUUUUUGCAAGAACUGCUUAAACCAUCAAAUAGCUUCUAAAAUAAUCUACUUGAUGCCACUAAGAUCUCAGGUUUGAUAAUUUUGGACUUGUGCUGUUUUUGAAAUCAACCCCUCAAUUUUUUGGUGCCCGUAUUCGUUUACCAAUCGAGAAUCAAGAACAUGAUGUCACUUGGGAACUAACCCAACCAGUAUAGAAGUGUUUGCACCAUGACUAAUUAAGUCAACUAUACCUAAUACCUACCUCUUAUGUAUGUCAUGAACAUUGUUAUAAAAUUUUAAACCUUGUAUCUAACAUUCUGGGGUCUAUUCUGUAACAAUUCCUUUAUAUUUAACGGCCUUUAAAAAUAUUGGCGGCCUUAUAAAUAUUUUCGUAUUCGUUAAUUUACUUUUGUCAUUAUUUAAACAGAUUUCUUUUAGAUAGUCCUCUAAUGUAUUUUAAAGAUCCGUUUAAAUAAUGACAUAAGUAAAGAAGAAAAUAUUUUUAAAGGUCGUUAAAUAUAAAGGAAUUGUUACAGAAUAGACCCCUCUAACGGAUUAGAAAUGCAACUAAUUAAAAUAUUAAUCCUGAAUAAUUUUCUAUAGGUAUCAUUUUAUUUGUAGAUUGUGGGGAAAAAAUAUUUCAAUAAACAUCUUGCAAUUGGUAUUUACAUCAAUUUUUAAUCCUAGAUACAAUAAAACGUAUUUUCAGGUGCUUUUGCUGCUUAGGGAUUAAAAGUACUAUAAAUUAAUACCAAACAACCAAAAAUACAGUACAAAGUACAAUAACGUAAACACUAAUAACCUUGCACUGACAUCGUCAUUGCUUUAUUAUUAGAGUACCCUUAAGUGGUUUUUAUAAUAUUUAGUAUUUUUUUUAUUUUUCGUAUAAACUACGGGACUGAAGUGUCUUUUUAUCCAUCGACGAAUUGUAGCUCUGCCUCCGUUAGGGCUACAAACUUUUUGCUUCUGAAUAAAUAGUGCCACUUCAGUCCCUUACUGUAUACUAUUUUCAUCACCCAGUCGUUAAAAUACUUGAUUUUUGUUCUUUUUUUACGUUGAAGAAUGAUUUAUUACAUAUUAAUUAUAAUUACAUCUAUUUUUAGAAGGUACUAUAUCAUUGUGUCAUAAUUUUCCUUGAAAAGCAUCAUAAUGAUGUACGCCCGGUAGAUACCCCUUUUUUGAGUCGAAUUGAGACAUAUUGGGAUUUUUUUAGAGCUUCUUCAAAAGGAAGCCAAAUUUUUUGCUUCUCUUAUGGUAUCCCAUUAUAGCUGACUUAUUGUUUAAUGUAUUUUUAAUCAUUUUAAGUUUGAACGUUUGUAUAUUUCUU